AUGACAACUUAUUCAUCUCUUGUCCUUUUGCUUUGCCUUUGUGGCAUCUCACUCACUAAGUCUCUAAAUAGUGGCUUUAGUGUUGAACUCAUUCAUCGUGACUCUUCAAGAUCACCAUUCUACAGUCCCACAGAAUCUCAAUUCCCGCGAGUUGCCAAUGCUGUGACUCGUUCCAUUAAUCGUGCCAAUCAUUUCAAACAAGCUUUUGUCCCUACAAACACAGCUGAUUCCCCUAUAACAACGGAUGAUGGUGACUACCUCAUGAGCUAUUCAGUUGGCACACCACCAUUCCAACUCCUUGGUAUUGUUGAUACUGGUAGUGACUUUGUUUGGUUACAAUGCAAGCCUUGUGAAACUUGUUACAACCAAACCACACCAAUGUUCAAUCCUUCAAAAUCCAAAACGUACAAACCAAUUCCUUGCUCUUCAGCUAAAUGUCAAUCUUUACGAGAUACCUCUUGCUCUUCUGAUAAUGAUCAAAUUUGCGAGUAUUCUCUUGACUAUGGAGAUGGUUCACACUCACAAGGAGAUCUAAGUGUGGACACUCUCACUUUAAGCUCCACCGAUGGAUCUCCUAUCCCAUUUCCUAGAACUGUGAUUGGAUGCGGGCAUAGCAAUACCGGGACUUUUACGGGAAAAACCUCGGGUAUAGUUGGCCUUGGAGGUGGACCUGUGUCCCUUAUAUCUCAAUUGGGUGCUUCAAUAAGUGGCAAAUUCUCAUAUUGUUUAGUGCCAAUGUUUUCAGAUUCUAACAACUCCUCAAGCAAACUCAAUUUUGGAGAGAAUGCAGUGGUUUCUGGUGAUGGGACUGUCUCAACUCCCCUAGUUCAAAAGAAAACAGAUGUCUAUUACUACCUAACCUUGGAAGCAUUUAGUGUUGGAGACAACAAAAUAGAGUUUGGAAGUUCUUCCUCUGGAUCUAGUGAAGAGGCAAAUAUCAUAAUUGACUCAGGUACAACGUUGGUUCUUUUGCCUAGUGAUGUUUACACUAAGUUGGAAUCAGCAGUGGCAAAUGUAGUUAAAUUAGAGCGUGUUCAGGAUCCUACUCAACAAUUGAACCUUUGCUAUAGAGCUACAUCGGGACAAUUGGAGGUUCCAAUAAUCACAGCACAUUUUAAAGGUGCAGAUAUCCAAUUAAAUGCUCUCAACACCUUUGUUGAAGUUGAUGAUGGGAUUGUAUGCUUCGCAUUCACCUCUAGUGAUGAUGGUAUUUCCAUCUUUGGGAACUUGGCACAACAAAACUUCCUGGUUGGCUAUGACCUCCAAAACAAUAUUGUUUCUUUUAUGCCCACAGAUUGCACCAAACAAUGA